UUUGACAUAUCAACAAACUCCACAAAAAUCAGACUACGAAAAAAGAAAUCAUUUCUUAUGACAGCUUGUUCCACAUUAAAACAUAUUAAAAAGACCAAAUCAUAUACCUGCCCAUUUUCGAGGUUUGACUAACUGUGGAUUUAGAACAAGACGCUAUAUAUUUUAGUCAAUCGUCAGAGACAGAAGUAAUCGUCUUGGAUUAAAAUUUUCAAAAGCUUGUGUCUCGCCAGAUUCUUAUCAAAAGUUCGAGUCAGAUUAGCUCCACCAGUAAUAUCAAUGGUGUUCUGUGGAUUAUUUUCGGAGCUCACGAAAGGAAACUCCAGUCCUAACAGCAACGGAACCAACACUUCACCGGCUAAAAGGGUCCAAACAAAUAUGCGGUCCCUAUACUCAUCAGACCUGAGUUCUUACACAUCCGCUUGUAAAAAAUACUCUUCCCUCAAAUCUUUUGAUUCAUCGCUUCACGAGCGAACCAACAGCAUCAUCAGCUCGCUCGCUGCUCAGGCCAAGACUCAAUCUUUAAACCUAGAGUCACUCAUGGAGGUCUACGGAUAUCUUCUUGAACUAAACCAAGAUACAGUAAGAGUCAUCAUUGAAAGCAAAGAAGACGUUUUGAAGAACAAUGAUCUUAAGGCUUUGGUUGAUGUCUAUUUCAAAAGUACCUCCAAGACCUUAGACUUCUGCAAUACCGUCGAGAAAUGCGUCAAGAAAGCAGAAAUAAGCCAACUUAUCAUUCGAUUCGCGGUGAAACAGUUCGAGACAGAAACGGUGGACACGGAUCUUGGAGAAAGUAAGAAGAAGAAGUAUGUAAAAACCUUGGAGGAGCUGAACAAGUUUAAAGCCAUGGGAGACCCUUUCGAUGGCGAGUUCGUGACGCAGUACGAGUCCGUAUACGAGCAGCAGAUUUUGCUUCUGGACGAGUUGCGUAAGCUGAAAGUAAAGCUUGGUAAGAAACAGAGGAAUAUAAAGACAUGGAGGAUAUUGUCAAAUGUGGUUUUCGUGACUGCGUUUGUGACUGUAUUUGUCUUAUCGGUGGUUGCGGCAGCAAUGAUGGCACCUCCGGUAUUGAGUGCGGUUGCGUCUGGAUUGACCACACCGAUUGAGGUUGUGGGAACAUGGUGUAACAAGAUGUGGAAGGAGUACGAGAAAGCUGUGAAGAGACAGAGAGGUUUGGUUUUAACAAUGGAGCUUGGGGUGCAAGCUAACAAUGUAACGAUGGUAAAUAUAAAAUUCGAAGUUGAAAACCUGAGCAUAAGGAUCUCAUCGAUUCUGAAGACAGUGGACUUUGCUGUGGAGAGAGAAGAAAAUGAAAUGGCGACGAGAUUUGCGAUGCAAGAAAUCAAGAAGAAAGUAGAAGGGUUUACUGAAAAAAUCGAGGAAGUUGGAGAAAGAGCGGCCAAUUGUAGCAAACUCAUCGCGUUGGGGAGACUUGUAGUUCUGGGACACAUCCUUAGUUUACAGAUCGUAGAAGGAGGAGCUGCAAAUACAAAUAUCAGUGGCGUUUAAAAGACAUUGAUGUUGAGGAGUUUGAUCACUCAAGACUUGGGGGUCAACCAGUUUCUAUCAUUGUUUAUGGGCUUUUAAGCUGGGACUUUAGGCCCACUAUAGUUUUAUUCAGUGAUGUUGUCUUGAUGUUGAGGAGUUUAAAAAAAAAAAAUUAUGUGUUUUGUUUCUCUGUUUGUUUUGUUUUUUUCAUUCUCUCAGUCGAAAAAUGAAAAUCCGUAUGCGUUUUUAUCAAAUGGAGCAGGCAUUGGUAGUUGAAGCCUUUAAUCCUAAAUCCAUGGAACGUGAAACUCAGAAGAAGAGGGACAGUCUUUUUCUUUGAGGUUGUUUCAGGAAGAAA